AUGUCUACCAACCCAAAUAACCUUCAAUCUACCGCAAACCAAAUGAGACGUAAUAAUGCAGAUCUCACCGGAGAGAAUGCGGCUACUCCAGCUGCAACCGGGCUAAACCCAAGCAUUCCCCCCGUACCCUCAACCGCGCCCAUCCCACCGUCUGUUACCCAAUCGACCACUCCAGUCACUUCCCAAACUCCGAACCCCAUCGUUCCCAUCCCCUCCAGACCCAAAAACCCAGCCGCGGCAAAAGCACCAACUGGUAGCGCAAGCCACACGGCAACGACCAAGCCAGCAAAUCAGCCGAGCACAAUCCCCAAGCACUCGUUAUCCCUCGACGAAGUGGCGGCAAAUGUCGAAAAACAACGUCAAGUGACGAAACAAUCCAAAGAGAUCGCAGCGAUCUUAGGAGCAAAGACUAUUGAUGUUGAAAAAGCCUACGCAGAAAAAACCAUAGCAGCCAAAGCGGCCCGGAAACGCGAAGCCGAUAGGGACGAAGAGACAGCCCUAAUCCUCGAAAAGCAUUCGCGGCAGACGCAGAAGGCGACAAGAUCAGGGCCGACAUGUUCUACAGAUUUACGCCAAGUUAGUCACAGCACGAACACCACCCACGCCUCAAGAACAGAAAGAACAGCGACUUCAAGCAGAAGCGAGGAUCGGAAAGAAGAACACGGGUUGAGGGCGGCACAAACUUCAACUGGGGUGAUGCGAACUCUCAUGACAACGUCGGACGCGGCUCUAACAUACCACGCGGAGAAACACCCGAAAACGGAUGAUAACUCAACCGAGAAAGGAUUGCGUUACACCGGGCUCCCAUACCCAAGUGAAUGGUGUAUGAGUUACAGUGAUUGGAGCCUGAACUACGCGGAAUUCACAACCACAAUGCGAGAUGUCUACAAGUACAAGACACUCGGAGAAUGGAUAGUGCUCCAUAAAGCCAACGCCGAUAAAAUCCUGAGAAAGGAUGGAUUCAUGGUCGCAUUACGGUACGACAUCAGGAUCAGGGCUAACGCCUUCGCACACCGAGUCGUGAAGAACGGGGUAAAGUCAUUCUCCGACAUUUCGAUCUUCAGACAAGAAGUCUACGAUACCGCUUACGCAGAAGCAAGGAGUUACGACGAGUUAGUGUUCAGAGAGGUUAAUCCUUACGCGAUAGGAGGGGUCCGAGCGUCGUGGGACCCGCACACUGGAUCCAAAUCGACCACGAAAUCGACUGCAAGCAACCCGACUUCCAACCACCACACCAAAAACACAAACCCCCAGACCCAGUCCGGAUCCCAAGGACCAAGCCACCUCCCAGCCAAACCACGCGAAAGUCUACGAGGCUCGGGCUACCAAGGGAAGAACUAUAACCCCAACCACUCGAGCAUUCAAUCCCACAGCAGUGGGAGAUACCACAACAGCAAGAAAGAUGGGGAGUGGGAAGCCGCACUCGCGAACACGAACCUGAUGUCCGAGUUCGAAGAUGUUCUCAGAGGAUUCAAAGAAGGUUUCCAUCAAGGUAUCCCAGCCCAACCGAAGAUAGAAGAAUCGAUCUCGAAGGAGAUUAAGGCCGGACGGAUGUUUGGCCCUUACACGACAGAGCAAGUCCAUAAGAAGUUUGGCUUCUUCCAAACAAACCCACUAGGAGCGGUAGUAAAUGGUGACGGGUCCCUGAGAGCUAUCAACGAUCUUUCCUUUCCUCACGGGAAGGAGGGGAUACCUUCGGUCAACUCCUUUGUGAACAAAGAAGACUUCGAUACAACCUGGGACGAUUUCAAAGCGGUAGCAAAAUUUCUGAGAAACCGAACCAAAACGGCAUUACUGGCCAUAUUCGACUGGGAAAAAGCUUACCGUCAGAUACCCACGGCACCAAGCCAAUGGCCUUACCUGAUGUUACAGAAUUUCAAAGGAGAGAUAAUAGUCGACACGAGAAUUGCCUUCGGAGGGGUAGCCGGGUGCGGAUCUUUCGGACGACCAGCGGACGCAUGGAAACAUAUUAUGUUGGCCGAAUUCGACCUAGUGACGGUUUUCAGAUGGGUCGACGACAAUUUAUUUGUAAAAGAAUUGUCAUCAACGGUGGAGAUGGACGACAUCGUAGCAAGAUCGAACGAACUAGGAGUAAAAACGAACCCAACCAAAAUCUCACCAUUCAGACUAGAACAGAAGUACAUAGGAUUCAUCUGGAAUGCAGCGGAAAAAACGGUCCGACUACCAGAGGAGAAAACGCAAGCACGGAUCAAACAGAUUCAAGAAAUUCUGACGAAAGGGGAAGAGUACACGUACAAGCAGAUAGAAAUCAUGACAGGACGCUUGAAUCAUGUGUCUUACAUGCUCCCUCAACUCAGAUGCUACCUAUGUAGCCUAUACCGAAUGAUGAACGAGUGGGUCCAUCGCCACGUUCCACGACCGCUACCGCUAGAUGCCAGGCAAGACAUGCUUUACUGGCUAAAGACACUACUGACUUUCGACCGAACAAGACUGAUCGCAAACCCAGAACCAACCGAAAUUGGGUGGGUGGGAGAUGCGUCAACCAGUUACGGAAUAGGAGUAUUAAUAGGUAAACGCUGGGCCCAAUUCAAAGUGAGACCCGGUUGGAACGAGGGGACCUUACCAAGACUGGGCAUAGCCUGGAUGGAGACAGCCGCGAUAAGGAUUGGACUCCUGAUGAUGAAAGGUUUGGACAUACGGAAAGGCAAAACAAUCAUUGUGUGGACCGAUAACACCACUUCAGAAGACGCGGUGAAAAGCAGGAAGUCAAAAGACCUCCACGUUAAUGAAGAAUGGAAGCGGAUACAGGAUAUCCUCCUAGAGAUGCAGAUCGAUCUGGUAGCUAAGAGAGUAACCUCAAAAGAAAACAAAGCCGACGGCCUAUCUCGAGGAGAUAGGAGGAACCACCUUCUGAAGAACCAGGUAGUAAUUGAUCUUCCGAGCGAUUUAGAAGGACUAAUGUUUCAAGCUAGCAGCUUAGAUUGA